AUGCGGCCCGGGGCACCGUCCUCGAGGUUGGGCACAGCUCGGGGUCAUCAGCCUGGGCUGUCCACGUGUUGGCCACGCCACUGUGGGGCCCCAGCGGAUGAGUUCCAGAACACGAGACUUUUACAUUCUUUGUUUAACAAGGACAGGACACAGGGCACAGGCCAGGGCCUUGGCUCCCCAGUGGUGCAGAGACAGCUGCGGAGACAGCACAAGGUGGGAGCUAGAGGUGCAGCAGGGAAGGGAGGAGGACGAGGAGAGAUCCUAGGAGGAACCCUAUGGUUGAUUGAAGUUCUCUGCUUGAUUCACUCACGCGGGGACCCCAAGUGGGUUCAAUCAGUGCCCUUCUGGAAGCGCUCGCCCUGGAUAGAGAGAGGGGACGCUGAGCAGUUAGACGGAGACGCGGAGGGCCCGCGCUGCUUCGCCUCCCACCUUCCUUUCCACCUCUUCCCCAAGUCCUUCUUCACUUCCAAGGGCAAGGUGAUUCAUAUCAUCAGAAAUCCCAGAGAUGCUCUUGUGUCUGGCUGUUUUUUCUGGAGCAGGACAAACUUUGCUAAGAAUCCAGACUCACUGGAACAGUUCUUUGAACAGUUCAUCCAAGGAAAUGGGGAGUGUCCUCCACGCACAGAAGCUGGGGUGCACAGGGUCCCCAUUCAGACCUCCCUUGGCCCCAAUCGGCGGCCCUGUAUCUCGCCUCCUAUGGAUGCACCGUCCAUCACCCCCGAAACCAGACCUGCCCAGGUUCCUGCUCUGCCGCCCACCAGCACAGCCCAGCCCUCCCGCUGCCCGUGGGGAACCUCCUGGCUGUCCUCCUCGCUGAGUUCCCGGCACUGACCCUCUGCUCACGCUCUUGUCUCAGUUCUCCCUGAUUUGGGACUUUCUGAAAGUCAGCUUGUCCUUGUCUUCCUGAAAAAUGAAAUCCUGACCUUCCACCA